UGUUAUGGGAGGGCUCUGGCGGCCGGGAUGGAGGAGCGUCGCUUUUUGUGGCUGGCGUUGGGGCCUCCCCGGGGCCCCGAUCGGGGUUACAGAGACUGUAGAGUCGUGUCUUAGGCCGUGGAGGAGUGGGACAGGGGUUGCUGAGAGGGGGCUGAGGCGGCUUGGGACAUGGAAGCGCCCCAAUCUGGGCCGGGACUUGGCGCAGCCGCCGCGGCGGCCGAAGAGCAGUAACCCCUUCACGCGCGCGCAGGAGGAGGACUGGCGGCGGCGGAACAAGACCGUCCUCACGUACGUGGCCGCGGCCGCCGUGGGCAUGGUGGGGGCGUCCUACGCCGCGGUGCCUCUGUAUCGGCUGUAUUGCCAGACUACAGGACUUGGGGGAUCAGUAGCAGCAGGUCAUGCCUCAGAUCAGAUUGAAAACAUGGUGCCUGUUAAGGAUCGCAUCAUUAAAGUCACCUUCAAUGCAGAUGUCCACGCCAGUCUCCAGUGGAACUUUCGACCUCAGCAAACAGAAAUAUAUGUAGUGCCGGGAGAGACAGCCCUUGCAUUUUAUAAAGCUAAGAAUCCUACUGACAAACCAGUAAUUGGAAUUUCUACAUACAAUGUCGUACCAUUUGAAGCUGGACAGUAUUUCAACAAAAUACAGUGCUUCUGUUUUGAAGAACAAAGGCUUAAUCCACAAGAGGAAGUAGAUAUGCCCGUCUUUUUCUACAUUGAUCCUGAAUUUGCUGAAGACCCCAGAAUGGUGAAUGUUGAUCUCAUCACUCUUUCUUACACUUUUUUUGAAGCAAAGGAGGGGCACAAGUUGCCUGUUCCUGGCUACAGCUGAAGGCAGCGACCAAGUCCUCCUUCAAAUUUGUGAUUUUUGCAAAAUCAUGUAUCUUGUCUUCUCAGAGGAGAACUAUUGUACAAUAAUGUGAAGCCUUCUAUUUUAAAUAUUAUAUACUAAUGGUUAUUUACCCCAGCUAAUUUAUUCAACUUCAAUUUGAGAAAGUAAGUUCAGCUUUUUCUAAUGGAUUCUACAUCCUAUUCAGAAUGUCUGAAUGUAAAACCCAUGCUCAGAGUUGAUGAGUAGCAUUAAAAGCAGUUUUGUUUAACUAUGUAGGCAAUCUUGAUGGUUCUUGUGCACUUCCAAAUUACUAGCUUGUAGCAGUGAGGUUUUUUUAAUAUCCAAGUUUGUUUAUCUUAGCCACUAGGUCAGAACUUCUGAUGAUUUUAUUAUGACUUCUGAAAUAGCUGAUUGCUAUUUUUACGCUGAACUGUCCCUAUUUUAAGAGUUCAAAAUGGAAGCAGAAUCAUUAAGCCCUAACAGGUUGCCUUAAAUUACAUUCUGAUUUCACAUUUGGCUACAUUUUUUUUCUUUUAGAGCUAUUACAUAUUCAUUGUACUGAAUAGUACACUUUGAAAUUUUUGUGUCAUGAUACUGAAAUAAAGUGUAUAAAUGUCUAAGAAUCUAGUACUCUUCUAACUUUUCCCAUUAUAUGUCCAAAUCCCUGAUUUUUAAAAUGUAAAUGUAGGAUUGUGACAAGUUCUAUGAAGAGACUGUAAAAAAAGUAUUACAUUGUUUUAAUUGUAAUUUGUCAUUAUAAUUUGGCAUAUAAAAGAAAUGCACAAAAUUUGUUUUCCAGUAGUCUGUCCCAGUUAGAGAUACUAAGUUACAAUAUAAAAGGAAAAAGAACAGGUAGUAUUACAAAGAAUCAUAUUUAAAGACAGCCCAAUGUAUAUAGUCCAGUGGACUUUCAGGGUAUCUGAAGUAUAAUUCAGCUACAAUCAUAAAAUGUUAAACAAUUCAUAAUGCUAAAUAAAAAUAAUAGAGAAGUGCAAAAUGAUUUUUUACAUUCGACUUUAGUUAAAUGAAGGCACUCAGUAUUUUUGAAUAUUUAGUUUCUCACAUUUUACACAUAUCUAUUUAGAAUUAUUUUGUAAUUAAGUGACCCUUUACUCUUCAUUCAGCAGUGUGAUGGUCUCUUGUUGGAAAGCCUGUGAAAUAUAAGAUGCUACAGUUAAACUGGUUGGCCUCAGUGUAGUGAAUUUUUCUUCUGGAGUUUUACAAUAGUACAGUUACAACCAAGUUCUUUUUGAGAAAAAGCUUGAGCUGUUGCCCGAUCCUUAAGUGUGUGGCUGGAACUGUUACUCUUCUGUUAAACUUCAUUACUGCACAGGAGAAGUCUUCCACCAUGUUUCUGAUGUGUUGGAAGGUCUUGUCUUCUUAAAGGUGGACAGUCUUAUCUUUCAGAGAGUUGGAGCACCUAAGGCUGCUAGUGAGUUGAUCCUCCACUUGCACCUAUAAUUAAUUAAGAUGGCAGUCCACCAUCUCCCUCUCUUCCUUCUUUCCCCAUUCCUGGAUAUCUGGAGAACCACAGACUAGUAGAGCAAAGGUGAGAAUUCACAACAUUGUUACUUCCAAGGGGGGAGGGUGUGAGGGAUAAAAACAGUUAGUAGGCCAUGUAUUCAUUAGUAAAUCAAUUAGUAAAUAAAUGGUAUGUUAGUACUGCAAAGAGGAAGAAUUUAGACCCCAGGACAAACAAUGAGCAGGUUUUACUAUUCCCAAUAUUUAUUAACAAGAAUCUGAUUUCAAUUUCUAAGAAGUUUCUACUGAUCAGCUAUUUUUGUUAGCAUUAAUAUUUCUAUAUUGCAAACCAAAUUCUGCUUUUCCAAGAUUAUCUUUAACGAACAAGGUCACAGAGAAUGUUACUUUAUUAGUGAAGAAUAGUUUACUAUGAUUUGAUUUGGAGGAACCUGUGUAAUAAAUCCACUCACCAAUGUGUUAAGAGAUUCAAACAGCCCUUAUUCAAUAUUAAUAUAUUAAAUAGUAAAUAUAGAAAGCAGUGAUUGCACUGUAACCAUGUAGAAUGUGAAAUGUAAGUUGAACUCUUUACCUUAACAUUCGCUAUGACUUUGAGUUCCUUUGGGGUGGUGGUGAUCGAUUUCUUCAUAAAUACUUCUAAAACAAGCCAUCAUGGCAAAGAAGGUUACAUAAUCAGUUUCAAAGUACUAUUUUGGCUUUUAACUGCCAAAACCUUAAUUAAAAACUGGUGCCAUGGCCCUCCCUGGUGGUGCAGCAGGUUAAAGCAUAGCACUGAGAAUCUAAAGCUGCUUCCCCAUGAGUUCGA